AUGUCCCCCAACCACUUUGCCCACAUGCCACUGCCCACAGAGACUUUGAUGCAUAUUGUUGAGAUGGCGUGGCUCGCCGACUGCUCACCGGUCCACCGUGCGUUCCUCUUCAAGCGACUGUCCGCUUCCUGCACCACCCUUCGUACCAUCGCCCUUCGUGUCGUCCUCCGCCACCUCAUCAUCGACGUGAAAUCUGGCUAUUCGGACGAUCUCGACAUUUACAGAUCGCUCGUUAAUCGCGCCGCUCACCCCCAGCACACCCCAGAUCCGGCUGACCACCCGACACACCUCUUCGGCCACUCCGAUCUUCACCUCUGCAACUUUACCCAGGACUUUUGCAGCACUGCCUGGUCCCAAGACCACCACAGGCCCGCGAUCCGCCGCCGCAACGACCUCUUCCGCUUUCUCCAAGACGUCGUCGGCGACUGCCGCACCUUCACGCUCUCCUACUCCCACCCCCGCUCGCUCAACCCCGCCUCGGCCAACACCGUCAAGGACCUCGCGCCGUUCGAGGCCCCUCACCUCCUCUUCUCCGGCCCCCUCCGCCACUUCGCGUCCCUGACCACCGUCUACCUCGACUGCUCCUGGCCCGAGCGCCCCGACCCCAAGAUCCACGUCACGGGCUCGCCCCUCCCCGUCCUGCCCUCCGUGCGCACGCUCCGGCUCCGCGCGCUCCCGACCUGCCCCUCGUACGGCGGCCUCCGCUGCGUCUGCGUCCUCUGUGCGCUCCCCACGACGUUCCCCGCGCUCGCGACGCUCCACGUCGAGCGUGCGCGCGCCCUCCGCGCCCUCGUCGGCCGCACGCCCCCGGACCUCCGCACGCUCGUCGUCGACGCGCCCCCCGCGGUGCCGCGGAAGAAGGACAAGCACGCAGCCGGGAAGCCCCCGGCGCCGGCGGGCCCGUACCCGCACGGGACCCUCGAGUUCGUGGAGCUGCCCGCGGCGCUGGAGGCGGGGCUGCUGCGCCCGCCGGCGCCGCACGAGGAGGGCGGCGGGAUCGGUAGGCUGCUGCUCCUGGACGAGCCGCGGGCGCGGACGGUCGUCGUGCGCUCGGGGAGGGGCAGCCCGGCGGAGUUUGACCGGGCGGCCGCGGCGUGUGCGAAGCACGGCGUCGCGCUCGUGCGGAAGGUUGUGCAGUUUGAGGCAGAGGCGAGCAAGAGGUUCCUCGAGUAG